AUGGAGGUCAGAGUGUUGGUUUGUGGCGUCAUGCUUGUGGUCUUAGCAGUUACAGGAACCAAUGCACACAUGUCAGAUGUUUGUGGCACUACGCCGCUCAACACCAGGAUCGUAGGAGGGGUGGAUGCUCCUCCCGGGUCGUGGCCCUGGCAGACGCGAUGUCCCAGACUGUGUCCCAAAUCAUCAAGCUAUAACACCACCACGAACAAUAACGACAUAGCCUUGCUGAAGCUGUCCUCACCUGUUACCUUCACCGACUACAUCAGACCCGUGUGUCUGGCGGCGGACGGCAGCGUCUUUAACAACGGGACGAUCUGCUGGGUCACCGGAUGGGGAGACAUCCAAACUAACGUUUCACUUCCUUCCCCAGAGAGGCUGCAGGAGGUGAGCGUUCACAUCGUGUCCAACAGUGAUUGUAACGUUACCUACGGUGGUAAAAUCACAAACAACAUGAUCUGUGCUGGUGUGACUCAGGGAGGAAAGGACUCCUGCCAGGGGGAUUCAGGCGGCCCGCUGGUGACUAAAAACGGCUCUGUCUGGGUCCAGGCUGGAGUGGUGAGUUUUGGAGGAGGCUGUGCCCUGCCUAAUGUCCCAGACGUCUACACCCGAGUGUCCCAGUAUCAGUCCUGGAUCGACAGGCAGAUCAGCAUCUCUGGAGCAGCUCACCUGGUUCCCCUCUCGGUUCCUCUGCUGCUGUCCAUCUUACCUGUUCUCGUCUCCUUCUCUGUCCUUUAGUGAUGAUUUAAUUCACCAGGCUGGAGUGAAAAUCCCUCUCUCUCUCUGCCUCGCGGUCGCAAAUUUUUUGCCUUUGGAGAUUAAUUUACUUUAAAAUAAGCUAAAAUUCUGCACGUUUCCAGUUAUUCUUGUGUUGAAGGAGUUUUGCAGAAAAGAGUCGACAGAGGAGAAGAUAGAGAUCAGAAACUGGUGUACUGACAUUUGAUUUAAAAAAUGAGGGCUACAACUAAUGAAUGUUUUCAUGACCGUUAACAAUCUGCUGAUUAUUUUUUCCAUUAAUUUAUUCAUCAUUUUGUCUGUUUGUUUAAAAUGGCAGAAAAUAGAGAAAUUUGUCCUUUUAAAACGUCCAUAGACCGAUGUAGUCAAAAAGAUUUGGACCAACAGUCUAAAACCCAAAAAUAUUCAGUUCAUCAUCAUGUAAAUCCUCAUCAGUGAAGCUGGAACCAGACAACUCCUCGGUAGGAUUUUCACUUUAGUGGAAACUUUAAACUUGUUGAUGUCGACUGUUAUGGCAGAAAAUUGUGUCGUCUUACAUUUAAUCUUAAUCUCCUCCUUAACAGGAUCUCUGUUCCCCAAAACAUAGAAACCUAGACUGUAAAUGUUGAUGCAUCCCUUUGCUCAGAAGCUGCCCUAGGACCAGCUGGAUAUGUGUUUUAGUCCUUCUGUUUAU